AUGGCCAAUAAAAAAGCAUGGAUCACAUCAGCUCUAUUUGCAACAUGGUUCAAUGAUUCUUUUAUACCAGAAGUUGAAAAAUACAUGGAAGAAAUGGGUAUUCCGUUUAAAGUGUUACUAAUUGUGGAUAAUGCACCCGGUCAUCCCUGUAUAGAACAUCCUAAUGUGCAAAUAGUAUUUUUACCACCAAAUACGACUAGCCUCAUACAACCACUAGAUCAGGGCAUAAUCGCAAAUUUUAAGAAACAUUAUAUCAAAUUGAAAAAGCUAGAGAACGAUAAAUUAAGCCUGACUGAAGUUUGGAAAAAAUUCUCGAUUUUAAACUACAUAAACCAUAUUAAUGCAGCAAUUGGACAAAUCAAACAACACACAUUAAAUUCGUGCUGGAAAGCGAUCUGGCCUGAAUGUGUAAUUCAUCGAAACGUUACCGAAAACGCGUCAACGUUAUUAUCUGAAAUUAGUGCGCUCACACAUAACAUCGGCGGAGAAGGCUUCUAUACUUGCGGCGAAAAUGACCUGGACGAGAUGAAUGAGGAUCAAACUGUCGAUGAUAAUGACAUUAUCAAUAGUUUGAUAGAUUAUGAAAAUGGACAAAAAGAACCGGAAUCCAUUACAGCAGAUAAAAUAUAUGCAGGGAUCCAGAUUUCUAAAAAAUUGGAAACGCAUUUUCUUAAAAUAGAUACCAAUGCGGAAAGACGCUUAAAAUUCCAAAAAGAGCUGAGAUCAUGCAUGUCUCACUAUCGUGACGUUCACAAGCAACUGACCAGUCAACCGUCGUCACAAAAACUGAUCACUGACUUCAUGGUACCAAAAAACAAAUCAAUUGAAAUCCUAUCUUCAAGCGACGAAAGCGAUUUUCAACCAAUUCGUCACAAGAAGAUGCGCGUUUUGGAUUACGACGAGUAG